AUGCAGCGAUUGGGGCUCAUUGCAGUGCCCUCAGAGAUUGCAGGAUUUUGCUCUCAGCCAUAUAAGGUUUCCUUUGCACACAAUCAUAUCUCUACCAUCAGUUCAGAAAUUGGCCUGUUUGAGAAUGCUCAAACAUUGUGUUUUAACGACAACAAGCUGGAGAGUAUAGCUUGCGAAUUGCGAAAUCUUACUCGACUAGUGCGUUUGGACCUUGAGGGAAAUCUGUUUGAAACCAUGCCUAAUAUCUUGACGUCUUUGACCUCUUUGACAGUGUUGAAUCUUAGCCGAAAUCAGUUGUCAGAUUGCCCAGUCCACCUGUGCAAAUUGACUCUGCUGGAGGAACUGAUCCUCGAUCACAAUAAGAUCUCAGUACUUCCGAACAAGAUCGGAAACUGCGGUGCUCUGAGGCACUUUUCAAUCUCACACAACGCUCUCAGGAGUCUGCCGGCCUCGAUCAAAGACUUCAAAAGGCUUCUCAACUUUGAUCUUUCUCACAAUCACCUGACGAUCUUGCCGGCUGAAGUUGGAAUGCUUCCUCUGCUGGACGCCCUGCUGCUGCCGGACAACAUGCUGACAACGAUCGUAAAAGAGCUCGGGGGCUGCGUCAAUCUUUCCCACAUCGAUUUGAUUGGGAACCAGGUCACCUAUCUCCCAGCAGAGCUGGGUAAGCUCCGGUCGCUGGCAAGAGUAGAUCUGGAUUCAAAUCAAAUCGGGAAAAUUCCAAACACCAUUGGCAGAUUGCAGUCUCUAGAAAUAUUCCUGAUGCAAAACAAUGCCUUAGAUUCCAUUCCAGAAAGCAUCGGACAAUUGAAGUCCCUUCAAGAGCUUGAUCUUUCGGACAACAACAUACAACUGCUCCCACUGAGCAUAGGCAGCAUAUCAGACCUGACAGAGCUCAACCUCAGCGCUAACUCCAUCUCUGCCUUACCGAGAGAAAUCGUCGUCCUGACGAGGUUGGUCACCUUCAGGUAUUCGUCGAACAAUCUGUUGACCCUUCCCAGCAUCGUAUGCAAACUGACCACGUUGACCUCCUUGGACCUGCAAGAAAACAAGUUGAACUCACUGCCAUCUAAUUUCUCAGAGCUGCCUCUCAUGUCCAUAAAUCUUUCAAGAAACAAUUUCGAAAUUUUCCCUCCUCCGCUGGAACGAAUGACCAACCUUGAGCACAUUGACUUGACGGACAACCGCCUGACAAGGUUGCCUUUCAUGAUCGGGCGCUUCGUGUAUGCUACAGCUAUUCUGCUGGGGGGGAAUCAAGUUUCUGUGCUUCCGGACUCGCUGGGUGCCAUGGGAGAGGCUUCGUUGCAGGUGAUCAAUCUCAGCAAGAACGGACUGUUUGACCUUCCGUCAGCCUUGUUCAACAUCAAGAGGCUUGAAAGAAUCUGUCUGAGCGGCAACAACUUGAGGGAGCUUCCGAAUCAGCUUUGUGUACUGAAGAAGUUGAAGGAGCUAUGGUUGGAUCACAACCAGCUGACUUACCUGCCAUCGAGGCUUGGAGAGCUUGUCUCUCUCUCUGCUCUUUACCUUCACAGCAACCGCUUGAAGAUGAUCCCGAAGAAUCUUGUGGAGCUCAAAGGCCUCAAGGUCUUGACUCUCAGUGGGAACGAGUUGAGGGAACUGCCAUGGGACUUCCACAGGUUGAGUGAGCUCGAGGAACUUUGGCUUGAUGAUAAUCAGUUUGAGGCCCUCCAACUGGAAAGAUCAUUGUUUCCUCGGCUGCAGUUCCUGACUUUCAGGCACAACCCAUUGACCAAGGAAGUUUUCAAACGUCUGAAAGAAAACUUUGAGGGUUUGGACAAAAAUCACGAUGAAGAAAAUCAAGCGGAAGAUGAAGAAAAUCAAGCAGACGAUGAAUAA